AUGUUGAGUUUGCUUCUAGAAGCUGGCGCGGACAAGGAUGUUGCAGACCCCGAUGGCCAUACAGCUUUAGCCCUGGCAGCGCAAAAAUGCAAGAUGAGGUUUUUGCAACAACUUCUGGAAGCAGGCGCAGACAAAGAUUUGCAGAACAACCAGGGUGAAACAACGCUGAUGCUUGCUGCUUUCCGUGGGGAGAAAAAGAUUGUGGCCCUGCUGCUGGAGCAUCGGGCCGCGCUGAACUUGCAGAACCGGUCUGGUCGAACAGCCCUCAUCCGAGCAGCAGAAAAGGGCCAACUGGAGAUUGUGCGCGCUUUGCUGGAAGCCAAUGCAGACACGGACAUCUCCUUUUCCGGUGGUACCGCCCUCAUCUGUGCAAGCUUCAAAGGCUUGGGCAAGGUUGUGCAGUGUCUCCUUGCAGUGGGCGCAGACAAGAACUUGAAAAACUCGCGUGGUCAAACGGCGCUUAUCUGCGCAUCCGGUCAUGGCCGAGAGGGCACAGCAAGGCUGCUUCUGGAGUUUGCUGCCGAUUUGAACUGCCGGGACGCGCGUGGAAGCACGGCCCUCCUCUGUGCCGCCCACUUUCAUCUUGAGAUUGUUCGGCUACUUCUGGAGGCCUCCGCCGACAAGAACAUUCAAGACAACAAGGGGCGGACGGCGAUCAUGUGUGCACGCGGCAAUGGCCAGGAGGCAAUCGCAGACUUGCUUCGGAUGAGCGAAGGAAACCAC